AUGGAAGAUGUUGAAGUGGGUCUUCUUAUCGGAUUGAACUGUCCAAGUGCCCUACGAGCAAGAGAAAUUGUUUACGGUGGAGAAUCAGAUCCAUAUGCUGUACGGUCGCUGAUCGGAUGGCACAUAAACGGUCCUCUCUAUACUCCCUGUCAGAGUAGCAUCUUAACGUGCAAUAGAAUUAACCUUAAUCAGCAAGACACCUCAUCCCCGCGAGGAUAUGUGGUCUCUCAAAGGACGGUUAAGGAACAGAUAACACGGCAGGCAGUUGAACGAAUGUUUGAACUUGACUUCUCCGAAAAGGAAAAGGCAAUAUCAAUGUCGCGCGAAGACAUCAAGUUCUACGAGACUGUGGAAACUGGUAUCGUUCAUCUCGAGGACUUGCACUAG